AUGCAAAUCGAGAAGUAUACACUCCCAAGCAAAAUUGGAGUGAAGGAGUUACCAAAGAAUUGGAAAUCUAUCAGCUCAAAGGUGAUCAACCGCAUCCGGUCGUGCACAUUAGCCCCUAUUCUAGACUUGGUGGAAGUUGACGAUGAAGAUGAUUGUUGCUGUAUUUGUUACUCCAAGUUAAAGGAUUAUCCGCUGAAUGAAUUCAACACAUGUUGCUGUGGUAAACAGUAUUUCUGUACACUCUGUUUACUCAACCACCCCGAUUUCGACAUCACGACGUUUUCGUUGAAGUGUCAUACAUGCAAGAAGUUAAUCAAAAACUCGUACAACUACAUCCCACCAAAACCAAAGGAAGAAAUUAAAAAAUCAAAGAAGAAAGCUCUUCGAAAAGAAAUUAAAGUCUCCGAAGAUUUGUUGCCGACAGUGAACGUAAAAGACCUCGUGAAAGCUUAUGAACCGAACAACCCAUAUUCCCCCUUCACUAAUUCACACAAAGACAAGUUCGACUUGGACAAACCAACGUAUACAUUACCAAUGGCUACUCCACAAACUUCUAAUUAUACAAAUGCACAACAAAAGAAGUACAUCUCACCACUACAACAACAAAUUCAAUCACAUACAGUCAACGUCUCACCAAAAUAUCUUCCACCAAAUACUCAAUUCCAACCACAAGCCCAACAACCCUCGGAAAUCUAUCAACCACAAAUGACAAUGAACGCGUCUCUUAGUGUCCCUCAUAUCCCAGUGUUCCAACCAAAAAGACAAAACACUCCUAUGAGACCACUGCCUCAUCAACCUUACCCACAAUUCAAAAACCCUCCUAUUAACCCAAUUGGACAAAACCCAUUUGGCUACUUUGACACUAUUCUCUCUUCGACGGGACCGACACAAAACACUCAGUGCCAAAAUCUGCAGAGAGUCAACCCACCAUUUUAUCCAGCAACAAACUGCUAUUCCCCACAAGCGAAAGCCCCACAAGUCUUAAAUCCACCAACUCAACAACGACAAAGUUGCCCACCACCUUCGAUUUUGCAAUCGAAGAGAGAGAUGAUGCAACGAAUAGAGUUUGAGAAAGGGAUUAACCCCGAAAUCCUCGAGGCGUACAACCGUUUUGAGAUAGAAAUCCCUAUCUAUAUACCUGUAAAUUGUAUCAACGAGAUCGACACAACGCUCCUCUCGAACAAAGAAACAGCGCAGGUCUUACUUGACAGUGUGACGGACAAUUAUUUUAGAAAUUGA